AUGACGAGAACAUUAAGUUAUAUGGAGAGCUAUCUCGAGGUUUUCCAUAAGCACAAGGAUGUCUUUUUAGAAUUUCAGGUAUACAAGAGGACAGUAAAGGGUGCGAGAGAUCGGACAAAAGCUUUAAACCCCUCAGGCUCCCAGAGGGCUCAGCAAUGCUUAGAGGAGAUUCGCAAGAUACGAGAAAGAUCCCACUUCAACCUCAUCAAAUUGCACGUGUUAUCGCACUAUCGGGAACAUGUCAAGCGCUUUGGGAGCAUUCUCCAGUGCUCUACCGACAUCAGCGAACUCGCCCAUGUACGUCAGAUAAAAGAGGCAUACGCAGUAUCCAACAUGGUCGAUGCUGUAACGCAGAUACUAGACUAUGGGGGGCGGCGGUUGGUGUUAGAGAAUCAAAUGCUGAAUCUGAAAGAUAUUAUUGGAGGUCCUGAGAGCCCUGACGAUAUCCUUUGGAGCCAUCGAGAUAAACUGAAGGAAUUACAUGAGAUUGUUAAAAUCGAAGACCGGAAAAAAACUGCAAAUGAACGAUAA